GUGGAGGCUCCCGUGCCAGUCCCAACAAAGUUUGGCUUCUCUACCCCACGCGAGGCACUGGAGAGGGACCUGACAGAGCCCGAGAAGGUUCGAUACGGCGAGCUGACCUUCGUCGAACGUCUGGGUAAAGGCGAGUUCGGAGAGGUUUUCCGUGGCCUGUACCUCAACAAGGAGGUGGCCAUCAAGCAGCUCUUUUUCGAUGAGAACAUGACGGAGCUGGUGGUACAGGAUUUGGCCAGAGAGAUCGACUCCUUUCGCCACCUCAGCCACAAGCGCUUGGUGCGCUUCUUGGGAGCAUGCUUGGAGCUGCCCAACUUAUGCCUUGUCACAGAGUACAUGCCAGGAGGGUCCCUUCACCACCUGCUGCAUGUGCGACGGCAAAAGCUGCCGGCAAGCCAUGCAAUGAACAUGUGCAUCCAGAUUGCAGAUGGGGUUUCGUACUUGCACAGCCAAACCCCCACCAUCGUGCACCGCGAUCUGAAGUCCUUGAACGUUGUCCUGGACUUGAGCUUAAACAUCAAGAUCUGCGACUUCGGCUUGACGGAAUCCAUGGAUCGCACGCACAUCACCAAGAAGAACAACGGUGGCUCUCCAAGGUAUAUGGCACCGGAGCUCUUUGACAGCAAGACGAAGAUCACGGAAAAGAUCGAUGUUUGGGCUAUGGGCUGCAUCUUUGUGGAGGUCUGCGGUGGGCCUCUACCUUAUGAGAACAUCACAACUUUGGCUGACCUGACCAAAGAGAUGCUUAUCAACAGGCGCACGCCCGACAUUCCUGACUUCAUAUUUGGCUCGAUGCGAGAGAUUUGCAGCAGUUGCCUCAGCUUCCACUACGAAAAACGUCCCAGUAGCCGUCAAGCUUUCGAGCAGCUCAAGGUAGCCAAGCGAGCGUCGCGCGAAGUGAAACUUACGCUCACCGCAUGA